AUGAGGUGCAACGUCUUGGUCCUCUUGGCCUUGACGAAUGGCCUCGCUCAGGCUGUUAGCAUUGGCCGGCAUGAGGAUUCCGUCAAGGUCCAUGGGCAUACACAUGGCAGCUCCUCUGAGCCAGACGUCAAGGCCGCCAUCAAGGCUGAGGCUGACGGUAACCAGCUUGAGCAUGAAGCCAUAGCCCGGAUCAAGAACAAGGGCAAGGACCAACGUGUUGAUCUCCUCAUCAAGAACCCUGCGGGAAAAGGCGAGACUCUGACGGCGGAAGUGUUCACCCCCGGCACCAACCAGAAGGACCGGAAGGAGUCAGACCCAAGGGGCCAAGAGACAUCCCAGGACGAGGAUGCGGUUGAAGAGGCAAGGGCUGCUGCUCAGCGCGAGCAGCGUGAGAUUGAGUGGAGGCAAAGACUUGACAAGGAGGUCGCUGAGGCACGCAAGAAGGUUGACGAGCGUGAGCGUGAGCGUGAACGUAAGGAGAAGGAAAAGGAAAAGAAAGAGAAGGAGAAGGAAAAGAACAAGGACAAGGCCCACAAGGAGGGCGAACAUGAUCCUCUUCUACACGUGGACCCCUCCAUCACAAGUCUCAUCAUCGCCAUGGCUCUCAACAUCACCAUGGCGGUCAUAAUCACCAUGACUAUCAUCAUCAUCACAACCACACUGGACAUCACCACCACGGUCACAAGCACGGUCAUCAUCACGGCCACGGUCACGUUCACGGCCACGAGCAUGGCCACCGACACGGCCACGGACAUGAUCACCGACAUGGGCAUGAACAUGGACAUCGACACGGCCAUGAGCACGGCCACGGCCACGAGCACAGCCAUGGCCACAGGCAUGGACAUGAACACGGACAUGAACAUAGGCACGGUCAUCACCAUCACCAUGGACAUCAUCACCAACAUGACCAUGGACAUCAUCACCGCCAUCGUCACGGUCAUCAGCAUGGCCAUGGCCAUAGCCAUGGUCACAGCCACGGGCAUGAUGAGCAUCAUCGACACCAUGAGCACCACGGCCAUCACCAUGGACAUGGUCACGGACAUCAUCAUGGCCAUCACGGCCACCACAGUCAUGAUGCCAGUCAUCACGGCGGUCAUCACGGCGGUCAUCACGGAGGCCAUCACGGCCAUCACGGUGGCAACCAUGCUGGAGCUGGUACAGGCCACAACAACCAUCAUGGGCAUCAUGGGGGCCGUGGCGUACUAUGAUCACACGCACUACACCACUCAUGAGCCUACGCUGAGAGCCGACUGUUCUGGUGGCAGAUGCAACCGCAAGCCCUGCUGCAAGUGCAACGGCCACUGGGCUCAGCCUGGCUGCUGGCACUGCAAGAAUCAUCAGGAGUUCCCUGGAGACAGCUGCCCUACCACCACUACCACCACCAAUACUCGCUUCAGCACCAGGUACUCAACUACCACCCGCACUGGUGCUCCCACCUACACCACCACGACAAAGCGCAAGUAUACCACCUCGACCAAGACCUACGAGCGCAAGAGCACCACCACUAUUACCCCUCAGAUCACCAAGGCUCCCAAGCCAGCAAAGGAAGCCAAGGGCAUCGAGGUCCCCAACUGGCAGCCAAAGAAGGAUGGCAAGGGCUACAAGGUCCCACAAAGUUACGAUGGCCCCAUUCCUAAGAAGGAGAAGGAGGCAGCCAAGGAGGUCCUGUUGGAAAUUUGCGCCAAGAUCGAGAAGGGAGAGUACAAGUCUGACAAUGUCUGCGAGAAGAUCAAGGUGGAGUACAAGGGCGAGUACAAGGAUGAGGACAUUUGCGAGAAGAUCAAGCACUGUCCACCCUAUGGCAAGGCCCCUGCUCCAGCUGCGGUCCCUGAAGACAUUUGUGAGAGGGUCAAGAAGGGGUACUACAAGCGUGAGGAAGUCGUAUGUGAUCAGAUCCGAAAGGGACUGUACACGGGUGACUACAAGAAGGAGGAACCUUUCUGCAACAAGAUCAAGCACUGCCUACCCCCGAUUGUCCCUGCUUCGGCUCCAGCUCCGGCCCCAGUCCCUGAGGACAUUUGCGAGAAGGUCAAGAAGGGGUAUUACAAGCGUGAGGAAGUUGUCUGUGAUCAAAUUCGAAAGGGUUUGUACACGGGUGACUACAAGAAGGAGGAACCUUUCUGCAACAAGAUCAAGCAUUGCCUGCCCUACUACGCCCCUACUCCAAGGGAGGACAUUUGCGCAAGGGUCAAGAAGGGAGACUAUAAGCGCGAGGAAAUCAUUUGCGUCCAGACCCAGAGGGGACAGUAUACUGGCGAUUACAAGAAGGAUGAGGUCGUCUGUGAGAAGAUCAGGCACUGCCUACCGUAUCAUGCCCCGGCCCCCGUUCCCGUUCCCGUUCCCGCUCCUAUCCCCGCGCCUGCUCCUAAGGAGGAUAUUUGCGAGAGGUACAAGAAGGGCGAGUACAAGAAGGAAGAGGACGUCUGCGUAAGGAUCCAGAAGGGCGAGUACAGGGAGGAGUACAAGAAGGAGAAGGAUAUCUGCGAGAGGAUCAAGCCUUGCCAGGAGCAUCACUACUACAAGGCCCCAGCUCCGAUCCCCGCGCCGGUUCCUGUUCCUGUCCCUGCCCCCGAGAAGUACAAGUACGAGGUCAAGUCAGAGAUCGGCUACAAGCCCGAAGAGAAGGUCUUCUACAAACCAGAGGAGAUCAUCUACAAGGAGGAAGAGAAGAUCGCCUAUAAGCCGGAGGAGAAUGUUGUCAUUAAGCCUGAGGAGAAGAUUGUCGUCAAGCCCGAGGAGAAGGUUAUCAUCAAGCCAGAAGAGAAGCCUGCUCCUGCCCCUGUCCCCGCCCCGACUCCAGUUCCGGCUCCGGCUCCAGCCCCCGCACCCAAGCCCGCCGAGGAAAAGCCCGGCGCCAAGCCGGAGGAGAAGAAACCAGAGGAAAAGAAGGUGGCUACUGUCACUCCGGAAGAGAAGAAGCCUCCUUCCGAGGGCAACGCCUUUUCUGGAGGUAAGACGUUCCGUGCUGGCGAUGACAACCCUCCGGACGUCCCGUUGACCGUGUCCACCUCAGCAUCGAGCCACGCCGCCGCCAUCUCGACCGCCGGUGCCGUCUUCUUUGUCGUCGUCAAUCUGCUCCUGUGA